AUGAAGCCUUAUCUUCUUGUUGGUAGACCUGCAAAAUGGAAACUGUUUAUUGCACUCGUCAUUCUCUUUGUUCUUUCAUGGUUUCUUGCACAGUACCUGGUUACAUUAUACGGUGCUGACACUUCACUAGUGAACUUCUAUCAACGACGGGUGGCAAGUUUAGAAAGGCAAGUAUUGGUUCUCGAAAAGAAGGUUGCUCACAACAAUCACAAUUUGCAUGAACAAGUUGCUGUGAUUGCUGAUUUAAUGAAAGAGGACUUAUCCGAUAGCGUUCGUGAACAAAUGAAAGAAGUACAGAAAGCCUUGCUCUCGCUGACGGCUCCGCAAUUCAAGCAUCGACCAGAGACAUCGCAUUUAGAUUGCCGGCGUUUAUUCCUCGGAGACGAGCAGUACAUGGCCGAAAUAGCACGUGCUCGAAUUGUGCUGGUUGAGAACAGCGUGCUGGAUAUGGAAUGUGACGCUCUACACUGGCGAGUUUUCCCACGCUUGCGGCAGCCAACGCUAGGCUACGGAAUCGCUUUUGCUAGGAUCGUCCAUACAGACUAUGAGUUCUUGGAAGAACAGCUGCAAGUCAACUAUUCACCUGAAAAUCACUACUGCUAUCACGUCGAUUCGAAGUCGCCGAUUCUGUUCAAAGAACGGAUGGCAAAACUAGCUUCUUGCUUACCGAACGUUUAUCUGACUGAUGAUAUUCUGGAAAUUAAUGGAAAAGUCGGAACAAAUGUCAAUUUUGCUCAUAUGGCUUGCCUAAAAGUGCUGGAGGAUAAAGGCUCGUGGCAAUACGUUGUCCUGCAACAAAAAUCGGCCCAUGUUCUCCGUCUGUUAUAUGACCAGAACAUGAAGUGGGACGCGGAGUCAUUAGGAGUGUUCCAGGAUCUGACAUUGCGUCCAUCGUCCGAAGCUCUGAAAACUCCAUUAGUUGUCGUCAAAGGUGGUGUGCAGGUGUCCUUGUCACGCGAAGCUGUCACAUGGCUGAAUAGGAUCAAUCUCACAAAACUCAUCAGCCAGUUCAACUCAGGGGCAAGUUAUUUAUGGACCAACAAAACUUAUUCAUAG